AUGUGUAAGCGUAGAAUAGAACGAUCAACGAACACACUAACAAAUUUAAACUUUCUUGACGAAUUACUGCAGAGGCUACUACACGCUAAUCUCGACAUGCUUGGACUCAGCCCUGACAAUGGUAACACUGCCUUACACGAGAUUGUUAGAAGAAUACGUACCGAGCCGGGGCUGCAAGAGAAGAUUCUCAGAACAUUUCUUGAUGGACACUCGGACGGCUGCAGUCUCCAGAAUUUAUAUCGUGAGACUCCGCUACACACAGCUAUAUCUCCGGGUGAAGCGGAACUGGCUCGACUUCUCAUCAAUGCAAAGGCUGGUCUGAGCCUACGCGACAAUCUCGAAAGGACCCCACUAGAUCUUGCGAAAGAGUUAGACUCAGCGGAGAUUGUGGCUACUAUUCACGAAAACAUGGGGAAAGAACAUGUAGAUAGGUAG